UGCAGUAAAGGGUAUGAAGAUAUGAUGAUGUACUGUUUGACAGAAGGGUGGCCAAUACUUAUACCUCUGACAGCUUCAAGUUGGGUAUGUGCGAAUCGAGAGACACUGGAACUUGACGCUUUAGUCCCACACUUCACACACACAGCAGAUGACGAUCCUAGGUACAUCCCCCCACGUUUUAGAUUGUCCGGCAACAGAUCAUGCUGUGUUCCGGCCUCAGAAUCUCUGGGCAUCUGUCAUUGAUGUUGCCAUACAUGGCACCUGCUAUGAGGGAUGCCUUCUAACAGGCAAAGGGAC